AUGAACUCAGUGGAGAAAUGGGUUAAGGCUAUACGGUCAAAAUACUUCCCUGACACCAGUAUUCAUGCAAAUAUCAAAACCAACUGCUCAUGGGUUUGGAAGGGAAUUCAGAAACAACUUACCUUCAUAAAGCAACACUGCAGAUGGAGAUUAGGAAGGGGUAAUAAGAUCAAGAUUUGGCUUGAUGUUUGGAUACCUGGAAUGAGUAAACCACCAACACCAAAGCAUGGAGUGACAGAUAGUGAACAAUAUAUAUGGGUCAUGGAUCUCUUCUUACAAGAUAGCAGCCAGUGGAAUAGUGAACUCCUUCAUCACCUGUUUGACAGUAAUGUUGUUGAUCUGAUUCUGAAUUUGCGAAUACCAACUGCAGCAGAAGACAAACUCAUCUGGAGUCUGAUACAUAAUGGAUUUUUCACUCUUAAAUCUGCAUACAACAAGCUGCACGAGCUAAGUCUGGGUAAUCUGCAAACUUUCGAUAAGAUACCAAAUUCUACCAUCACUUGGAAGAAGUUAUGGAAUGUAAAGACUUGGCCUAGAGUAAAACAUUUCUGGUGGAAAUGUCUCACAGAUUCUCUACCCACCAAAGUCAGGCUUGCAAGGAAUCGUGGAUAUACAAACUGUCUAUGCCCUUUAUGCAACCAGUAUGAUGAAUCACUCAUGCAUAUACUCUUUUACUACCCUUUUUCGAGAGCUGUAUGGAUGCAGAUUCCUGGUGCCACUGGUAUAUUAACAGGGAAUCACAAUAGCAUUUAUGACAUGUUUGAAAGUUGGAUGAUACAACCUCAACAUCAGCUGAACACUGCAAUGAUUGUUUCCUGGUCAAUCUGGAAUGAGAGAUGUGAAGUCCAGUUUCAGGGAAAAACAGCUGAUCUGAUACUGGUCGCAAAAAAGGCUAUAUCCUUUUCUAAUUACAUUCAGAAGCUUAACUAUAGUGUCUCAGUUACUACUAAUAUAGGAAGAUGGAAGGGUUACAAAUCCAAAUGCUAUGUAGGAAUAAAGAGCUCGGAACAAGCAGAGUGCCUGGCUUUUCUUGAUGCAAUUAGAUGGGGUGUAAAGCUUCAAUAUACACACAUAGUCUUCGAAACGGAUCUGCAAGAAAUCGAUAGCUACAUCAAUCAUCACACUCCAGCUGUUUCUUGGGAAAAUGAAGACAUUUUGUUGGAUGCCGUUGAUAGUCUAAAAUAUAUCCCACAAUGGGAUUGUAAGUUCGUGUUUAGAAGUUGUAAUAAACCUGCAGACAAACUAGCUAAGUUUUGUAGGCAUAAUGGUAUUACUAGAGAGUGGCUCACUGAGACUCCUAGAGUCAUAGAGAGAUAUCUUUUGUCAAACUUGGAAUCGGUUUCUUAG